AUGUCCAAGAAAAUUGAGCGAUGGGAAAUUGAGCGAUACUGGGAAAUCUUCUCGUCGCUGGCCAACGGACAGCCGCGCCUCAACAACUCGCAAGCGGCAAGCGUUCUCCGCAACAGUCGGCUGCGUGAUGAGCAACUUGAACGGGUGUGGGAUCUGGCCGACGUCGAUGGCGAUGGGGAAUUGGAUUUUGAGGAGUUUUGUGUUGCGAUGCGGUUGAUUUUUGAUCUUGUUAAUGGGGAAUACCAAGAAGUCCCCCAAGCGCUUCCAGAGUGGCUAAUCCCGGAAUCCAAAGCCCAUCUGGUGCAGGCCAGUGCGGCGCUGACAGGCCGUCAAGAGCAAUUCGAGCGGAUAGAAGACGAAGACGAUACGCCGGGACUCAAGGAUGGUUUCGAGUGGUACAUGAGUCCCAACGACAAGGCCAAAUACGAGGAGAUUUUCAGCGCAAAUAAGAACCACCGCGGCGAUGUGACAUUCGAAUCAUUACAACCCCUCUACGACUCGCUAGACGUGCCCGACACCGACGUGCGCUCAGCCUGGAAUCUCGUGAACCCAUCCGCCGGCGCUGCCAUCAACAAAGACGCUACUCUCGCUUUCCUCCACAUCCUCAACUUCCGCCACGAAGGCUACCGUAUUCCGCGCACCGUACCGCCGUCGCUGCGCGCCUCGUUUGAGUCGAAUAAGAUUGACUACCAAGUCGAUAACGCGCGCAGCCGCCCAGCCCAGAGAUGGGGCGCCGAUGGCGACACCGAGACUGCCACGGGCCGCAAAGCUAAGUUUGGCGAUACCUAUCUCGGUCGUCUGGGCGUCAAGUCGAGCUACCGCCCGCAGGGGACGGAUUUCAGUACUACGAUUCAAGAUGAAGAAUGGGAAAAAGUCCGUUUGCGUCGUGAAUUGGCUGAGCUACAGGGUAAACUUGAAGCUGCAAAUCGGGCGUCGGACGAAAGACGUGACGGAGGCAAUAGGUCGCGAGAGGACGGACGGCCGAAUUGGACGCUUAUCAAGAAAGAAGCUCUCCAGCUGCUGGAGUACAAAGAGCGCGAGCUACGCGAAAUGAGAGAAGGCACUGGUCGCACGAAAGAUGGCCAGGAUCUGGACCGGUUGCGUGAGGAUAUCAAGACGGUGGCCGACCAGGUCGAUGGGCUGAGGAGUCACCUAGACAAACGGAAUGAAGUUCUAGCUGAUUUACGGCGGCAAGUUGAAGAUGAAAAGGCCAGUCGAUAG